AUGUUUGGAUUAAGACAAGUUCGCUCGUAUGCUACGGAUUCUGCCGCAGAGUCAAGUGCAUUCUUACUGAAGUUGUUGAAAUCUGUGAAAACUGCUCAGCAGUCACAGCCCAAAAAGAAGCCCGAACCUAGGCGAGCCGAGAGAAAAGCUGGACAACAAAGUAGUAGAAAGAGAGAUUUCGAAAGGAGAAAAGAAUCUGGUUCAUACAAGUCCAAUAAUAGAAAGGGUUCAGGCGCUGAUGCGAAGCAUAAACCAAGAAAAGCUCGUUCGACUGAUAAGAGAGCCCAGUUAAGUAAGAUGAGGUUCAACAAUGCCCCUGCUCCCCAGACCAAAGUGCUGUACUCUCCAGAGAGUUUGAAUCUUGGUGAAUUGACCAGAUUUUCUUCUAAGCUAGCCUACUCUCCUAAUUCUCGAAUCCUGAGAGCCACUUUGCAAUUGUUCAGCAAGUACAAUGUUCCCAUUAGCUCCAUUCCGCAGCCGUUGUUCAUCUCAAACACAUUGAUGAAGUUCACCAACAAUACGAACUCGCAAUAUCCAUUUACAAUUAGAGACUCGUCUGAUGUGAGUCCUACUAUCAGAUAUACCAAGUCUAUCACGAAUGUCAAGUUUGAUUCUGCCGAUGUAACGAAACUAUUUAACUCUUCUGUGAAAGGGGAUUUUGACUUUUUGCGAGCUGAGGAAGCCAAAUUCAAGGAUCAAAAUCUGAAACUGAACUCUCAUGUUGUUGUUAAUGGUCUUAACAACAACUAUGGAAUGAACGUUGAGGGAAAUAAGUUAAAGGUGGUGGGAUCAUUACAGGGUGUUGCUCCUGUUUCAAGCUUGAUGCAAAAGUAA